AUGAACAAAAAAUUCCUCAACUCCAUCAAACUCGUGCUACUACAAAACCAAAUAAUCGGCUUUGUGACAUUCAGUGCAUCCGACGAAAAAUUCCGCCCUUCUAAAUUCCGCAACACCAUCAAUAUUCUUACCACGAUUUUGGUUUUAUCGACCACCACAUACGGAAUUUUCGUGCUUAUCGAGUCCAACCAGUCGAAAAUUAACAAAACCACGAACAUAAUCCUGAUAAUAACUUACACAGUUUUUCUUGCAACGAUGUGGUUUUGUGGAAUCACCAAGUCCCCAAAAAUUGGCAGUUUACUAAACCAACUAAUAAAACUAGACAAGAAAUUCCACAAUUUUGGUUUCUCGAUCGACUACGCCAGAACCAAAAAACACGUCCUGUGGGAAUUUCUGGCAAGAAAUCUACUCAUGGUGAUUUUAAUCUGGGCGAUUGUGGCCUACACGAACAUCGAUGAUCCGGAAUUCGCCAUUUCGGAAAGUAUUUAUGUGAUUUUUGUCACCACGAAAUCGGCAAUUUGCUUUCUAAGCGUCACUCUAAUUUCCAUGUUUAAAACGCGGUUCAAAAUCUUGAACGGCUACAUAGAUGGUUUAAGUAAGAGUUCGUCUAAAGAUCGAUUUCUGUUGAUCUCGUUGUGCAGAAGCUGCGAUUUGCACCACUCGUUGUACAAGUUUGUGCAGCAAUUUAACGACGCUUUCGGGCUAAUUUUGCUCUUUGUUUUUGGCGCUAGUUUCGUUUACAUAGUGAUUGCGGCGUUUUUUGUUGCCUCGAAUCUACAGGCCGAAGAAAUAGCUUGGAACAAUGUAAUUUCGCUGGCAGUGGCGUGUACACCUUUUAUUAUUGAUGUUGUUUAUGUCUGCAGUCUUUGUUAUACGGCUGUGGAUGAGGCUAGCAGAACUGGCAAAUACAUUCACCAAAUUGGCACUGACAAUUACGACGUCGUCGACGAAAUCGAGAUGUUUUCUUUACAGAUCGUUAGUCACGACGUGGAGUUUAGUGCAGCUGGAUUAUUCCCGAUCGAUCAUCGGCUGCUCUUCACGAUCAUCGGCGGCGUCACUACUUACAUCAUCAUAUUAAUACAACUUGCAGCCAGUCUAGCUAAACAUUAA